AAUACACUGUUGACACAUCAGCUUGGCCGAUUCGGAGGGUUGGGCGCAAUUCACUGCAGCGCAUUCAAUUGAAUUGAGUCGAACUUCGCCAUCCCGGUUAGGAUGAGGCCCCUCUGCUCUAGGAUUAAGCCCCUCUGUGCUGGCGUAUAAAAGGACCCAUUUAAUCAACCCUUCUCAUUGUAAAAGAUCUGAAUCAUGUACUCGAAAAUCAUUAGUGUCGCACUCGUCUUCACUGCCGCUCUGGUUCCAACGGGCGCCAUCGACUUCCGCAGGUACAACGAAAACUUGCAUUACAAGGCUCGGAACGCUCCCCCUAGCACGGCCGCUCAAGUCUCGUGCGACGGCUUCCAGCCUUGGCAGGCUAAUCUCGCAUAUAACGGUGGUUCCUCGGUGAUUUUUAACAACCAACUGUGGACUGCUAAAGAGUGGAGUUACAACAACAACCCUGAGUCUUCCGCUGCCCAGUGGACUCAAAAGGGAUGUUGCAUCCAACCGAUUAGCAACAAAGCUGUUUGCACAGACAUUCCCACUUGGGGCAAGGGCACUAAUUACUCCGGGGGCGCCAAGGUGACUUACAACGGUCAUCUCUGGAUCUCUACACAGUCGACGCAGAGUAAUAGCCCUGGCGACACUUCCGGAACUUGGAAGGAUUUGGGUGCUUGCGAGUAAUCGCUUUACACAUUUUGUUGUACCC